AUGGAUUCAUCUGGCUCUUUGGCAAUGAUGCGUUCUAAACAUAUAUCAAGGAAGAUCUUUGAAUACAAACAAAAAAGCCGCAACCCAAAAUCACCAUUCUUCUAUGCCAUUAUCUUUGCAAUAGUAUUCAUCUUCUGCUAUGUUCAAAGCAAAUACUCAAAUUCUAGAAUCCUUUACUUCAAUUCAACAAAUCAUGGAACAGAUUCAUCAUCAUUUGAAGAGUCAACAACUAGUGAUUCAGAAAACUAUGACCCUCUUAUUCCACCGGCAAAUGCAUCAAGAGAAGUAAGAAUGGCAUGGUUCAGAACACAGAUUCCUAAGCUAGAGUUACUACACUCUACAACAUUGUCACAACAAUUUCAUGAUAGAGUCACCGGUUUCUUGAACAAAGGUUGCUCAGUUCUGUUCCACAUUAUAUGGUUUUCGCCUGCGAAACACUUUGGGAAAAGAGAAUUUCUUACCAUGGACACAUUCUUUAAAGCGCACCCGGACGGGUGCUUAAUAGUUGUGUCAAGAUCAAUGGACACCGAGAGUGGAUAUGCAACUUUGAAGCCGUUGAUUGAUCGCGGCUUCAAAGUUGGUGCCAUAACUCCGGACGUGCCCUUCUUGGUUAAGGACACGCCGGCGGAGGCUUGGCUUGAACUGAUCAAGAGUGGUAACAGAGAUCCUGGAGACAUUCCUCUGUCUCAAAACCUGUCGAAUCUUGUUCGGCUCGCGAUGUUGUACAAAUAUGGAGGCGGUUACAUGGACACAGACAUCAUAGUGCUAAAAGAUUUCUUGGACUUGAGGAAUGCAAUUGGAGCACAAAGUCUUGACUUCACUACCAAGCAAUGGAAUAGGUUGAACAAUGCGGUUAUGAUGUUUGACAUUAACCAUCCUGUUGUGUGGGAAUUUUUACAGGAAUUCUCCACUACUUUCAAUGGGAACAAAUGGGGGAACAAUGGACCUUACUUGGUGUCGAGGGUAAUGGCGCGGCUCGAAGGCCAUAACAUUACUAUUUUGCCACCUAAGGCCUUCUACCCUGUGGAUUGGAAUGGAAUUGGGAAGCUUUACAAGAAACCGGAAGGCGAAUUGGAAUCAAGAUGGGUGGAAAGCCAGAUUGAUGAACUUUCUAAUGGUGAGAGCUAUGCUGUGCAUUUGUGGAACAAGAGAAGCAAGAAUUUGGCCAUUGAAGAGGGAAGUGUCAUGGCAAGAUUAGUAUCCACUCACUGUAUUGUUUGUGUUAGCAUAACAACAUAA